GUUAGAUACAAAAUGAAGAUGUUGAUGGUAUAAAUCUUUUGAAUUACAAAUUUGACAGUUUUUGCAAAACAUAGUCCAAAAACUCUGAUUUUUCAGAUAUUUUCAACCAUUUUCCGAAAUAUUUUGGAAAAUGUUUUUGAAUAAUCAUAAUUAUCAAUUUGGUCUCUACGCAUCUACCAAGUUUCGUAAAAAUCGAGUAAAAAUUAAAGGACUUAGAAUUUUAACCAAAAUUCAGUACAAAAAGGAUUUUCUAAACUGCAGUCUCCCUGGAAGUUCUUUCAAAAAUACACACAAAAACUUUGACGCAAAUAGAACAAACAAUAAGCGUUUAUGGCAGAUUUCUGAAAUUCAAAAGUUUUCUGCUACAUCAUUUACGGUUUCUAGUCUGAUGUCUGAAAAUAAAUAUAAAUGUAAUUCCGCGGUCUGAAAUGUCUGCUGCAAUGCCAAAAAUGUUCUAACUAUUACAGUUUUUGCUAGGUACUCUGACAACAAUUAUAAAAAAAAAAAAAAAAUUAACGAAAACAAUACAGUUUCGAGCUCAACUCGAAAGCCGUGAAUAUCGACAACUCAUUAACUGUUUCCGCUCGAUGUAACAAAUUAACCCACUCUGUCUCUCAUUCUCUAUAUAAACUCACACAAUCUUCACUGUUCAUACAACUCGAAUAUCGAAUCAAUAUGAUGGUCAAUGCUAAUUUGAUGUUGAUGGUGGUCUUUCUGUGGGCUGGAACAUUACCAGUGGCCAGUCCCAAGAAUUACCCCUUCAUGUUAAAAAGACAAACACCAGAUUGUGAGAAGUACGUUCUGCCAAUAAAUGCAAUGUGGGAACCGACAUGUGACGAAAAUAAACGAUACAAGUGCAAAAAAGGAUAUGAAUCAAUAGUUCAGACCACCUGUGAAAACGGUGGCUGGAUUUUGGAACCAGCUUGUGAAGCUGUAGGGUGUCCACAAGGUGAGAUUAUCACUCUCUCUGAUGAUGUAACAGAAUCCAGUAUUGUUGGAGGACUUUUUCAUUUUAGCUGCUCUGUUGGCUUCGUUGAAACUGGUACUCUGAGGUGUGAGGAAAAUGGUACUUGGACAGAACAGAAAGCUUGUCAAGUGGUACUUAAAGCAGUAGUGAAUGGAAAUAAAAUGGAUGAAAGAUAUAGAAUCAAUAAUUGUACAGAAGAAUGUGCUACAACACCCAAGUGUGGCUAUACUCCAGGAGUCCAUGGUAUAUGUGACUUAUAUAGAAAACCAGUCAUCUUCAUCUAUUACAACACUGCAAGAGUUUCCGAAUGCAUCCAAAAAUGUAAAGAUGAACCAAGAUGUUUGACAAUAUUUUAUGAAUCUCUUUUAGAAAAAUGCUAUUUAUACAAUACUGACUUCACCACUAUAACGAAUACAGAUGGAUUGGCGGUAGUUAACGAUGAACCAGGUGCCAUUGUAGAGAAAUCUGGUUUUGAUUUCGUUAAUACACCAUAAAGUCACGUGGUCUGAGUAGUGACUAUUAAGAUUAAAUUGUCGAUUUGAAUAAAAUUAUCAGUUUAAA